AACUGCAAACUGGUCAAGCUCAGUCCACUUUACCUUUUAUUCGAUCUGAUUCCCUAAAACCCAGAGAGAGAUCUUCAUUCUUCAAAUUCCUUUACUCAACAGUUCCCCUGAUAAAAACAUCCUCAGAAGCUCCAAACUCUCACCAAUGGCGAUCAUCACAGAAGAAGAAGAAGGCCAACAGGAGGAACCCAAACACCCACAGAACAAACCAACCAAACCCCAAACCCCAGAAACCCAAAAACCCAGUUCUUCUUCUGCAACCACAACAAGCACAAAUCCCUUCGCUUUCUGGUUCUACUUCACUCUCACAGUCUCUCUCAUCACACUUCUCUUCGUCUCCUUCAAUUCUCUCUCCUCACAAGACCCCAAAUCUUGGUUCCUCAGCUUACCCACCAGCCUCCGGCAACACUACUCGAAGGGUCGGACCAUAAAGGUACAAACACGCCCAGAUCAAUCCCCUAUUGAAGUUUUUACAUUCGAUCAUGGUCCGGCAAUGUCUGAAAAUGUUGUUUUUGUUCAUGGUUUGGGUCUUAGUUCGUACUCUUUUCGCGAAAUUGUUCGAUCUUUAGGCGCCAAAGGGGUUCUCGCCGUUGCGAUUGAUUUGCCCGGAAACGGGUUUUCGGAUAAAUCCGUGAUGGAGAUUGGAAGGAGAUCAAAUGGGGUUUUAGGGAGGUUUUGGGACGUGUACAGUGAAAUCCAAGCAAAUGGUCUGUUUUGGGCUUUUGAUCAGAUGGUCGAAACUGGGCAGAUUCCUUAUGAGGAAAUCGAAGCUCGGAAGUCGAAGAGAAAGGUUUCGAAACCGGCCGAGUUGGACUCGGAAGAGGUUGGUAAAGUAUUGGGACAAGUCAUUGAGACAAUGGGUUUAUCUCCUGUGCAUUUGGUCUUGCACGAUUCCGCAUUAGGAAUGAGCGCAAAUUGGGUUUUGGAGAACACAAAAUCUGUGAGGAGUGUCACACUUCUCGAUCCUGCGCCAAGAUCAGUGCCAGCAUUGCAUUUGUGGGCACUGGAAAUGCCAGUGAUUAGGGAAUUUGUGUUGGGGUUUUCCUUUGUGUAUGCUUGGUUGAUUAAGAAAUGCUGUUCGAGAGGGAUCGGUUCCUCGGAUUUGGAGGCUCAUAGAGUUCUCUUGAAGAGUAGGGACGCGAGGAGAGCGCUUGUUGGGAUGGGAAAGAAGUUGAACUACAGCUUUGAUAUUGCUGAAUGGGGUGGCUCUGAUGAGUUGAAAGGUGUCCCAUUGCAAGUGAUCUGGUCUAAAAGUUGGUCCAAAGAAUGGAGCGAGGAAGGAGAGCGAGUCGCAGAAGCGCUUGCGCAGGCGAGUUUUGUUGCACAUUCUGGUGGAAGAUGGCCUCAG